AUGAUAAUGCCAUGCCGUACCCUGUCAUCUGUAACAGCGAGCAGCAUCGACUGGGUUCCGCUACAGACUGAACUAGAGCACGCAAGCAGCCCAAUCAACGAUCGGGUUCGUACCACGGUUCAGGGCCAAUUCCACGCCACCAUUACGCAAAGCCUUUUCACAAUAUAUUAUCAAGAUUAUCAGAUAGCGACAGCGCGGUAUAGGAAGUAUAAGUCUAAUAGCAGGAUAUCAGCAAGGUAA